CACACCUACCUGUUGCUUGCCAACAUUCACAUCCAGUUCCAUCAAUCAGUCUGCCAGCGUCUGUCUCUUCGCCAUCCAUCCCCAGCAGAAGCAGUAAUCACCAUCAUCGCACAUCGUAGUAACCCGUAGACGCAAAGCAAUUUCUGCUGAUCCUGCUGUUGCAAUCAUCAAGCCCAGUACAGAUCGCUGCACACUCGAAUCUUGGCCUACUAUCACUCGGUGCGCAGACAGUGGCGAAGGCAGACGCGGCCACGACCAGACAGUGCGAGAGGGAGAGGGAGAGGGAUAGAAAGCAGCGAGCACCGUCGUCCAAGUAGCCCAAGAUCGAACGGGGCGCAAUCGAAAAGGAAUUUCAUUCAUCAGCCACCACCAGUGUGUGACGCAAGAGAGUGCUGAACGCGCGCGCGCGCCAAACUCUCUCCGAAAUCAAAUCUCGCGAACUGUGUGAGUGUAACCUAGAAACAAUUCCAAGUGGUCAGAGGUCAGGACCAGGAUCCCCCGCGGGGCAAUCGAACUGGUGUAUGUGUGUGAGAGGGGGUGUGCGUUGUCGUCGUCGUCGACGAUCGUGUACGGAAAUUGGGGGAAGAACAGCAGGCCGAGGCUAAAAGAAGCAGCGUGUAUGUAAACAAAAGUGAUGAGGUGGACAAGUGGAUGAUCGGACAGUUUAGUGUGUUGUUGGAUCUAGUUGGCGUUGGCGAGACACUGGAAGUGAGCGAGUGAAAGAGAGAGAGAGCGCGCGCGAUCGAUUGUAGAAGGAGAAAGUUUUGAUCGCUGAACUGCUCGACUGCUACGAUCAAGGAUGAUCCAGGAGUUGGUGCUUGCUGCGAUCGGAGCGAUCCUGCUUCGAUUAGUGUACCUGUUGGUAGUCAUUCGACGGAAUGCUUCCGCAGGUCUUCAGGGUGUGCUCAAGCGGAAGGGUCCGGCCCGUACGAUGAUCGUGAUGGGUUCCGGAGGCCAUACCGCCGAAAUGCUACAGAUCGUGGAGCGACUUGACUUUGCGCGUUACGCUCCGCGGCAGUACGUGAUCGCAGCCGCCGACAAGACCAGUGUGGUCAAAGUGAUUGACGUGGAGGUUCACCGGGAACCGGAUAUGAGCAAGCAGCAGUACGAGAUCGUCACCAUAAGCCGGAGCCGUCACGUGCAGCAGAGCUACUUCAGCUCGAUCUUCACCACGCUGACGGCGAUCUUCAACAGCGUUCCGGUGGUGCUGCGGUACCGGCCGGAUCUGAUCCUGACCAACGGGCCCGGCACGUGCGUUCCGAUCUGCGUGGUGGCAUUCCUGGCCAAACUGUUCUGGAUUAACCGCAGCUGCCGGAUCGUGUUCGUCGAAAGCUUCUGCCGCGUCAAGAGCCUCUCGCUGAGCGGCAAGAUUCUGCUCUGGAUUACGGACCUGUUUGUGGUGCAAUGGCCCGGGUUGGCCAAACAGGCCAACGGAAGUGCCACCAGCCGGAAGGUGGAAUGCUUCGGUCGGUUAUCGUCGUAAGCGUAAGCGGGUUAGUUGUUCAGUUAAGUUUGAGGGUACACAGAUCAGACGUGAAACGUGGGAAGUCUAGAAGGAUCAUUUACUAGUUUUAAGGUCAUUCAGAAUUUACCUUUGAACAUUUUUGAGUAGUAUCUGGGAAAAUCGUUAAUUGUGUGGUAUCUUGAAACAAGUAAACUGCUAACGGAUAGGACUUGUAGCAAAAUAGCACCAAAGAAACAUUAUAUUAAGUUCAAAUGCGAUUAGAUUAGAUAAGUCAAAGUGCUGAAUAUUUUGCUAAGUACAGUAAAUUUCACUUUUCUUCUGAAUCUCUUGACGAAAAAAUUGUUCUCUAAAAUCAAAUUGAUAAGUUGAAAUUCUAUAUUUGGUCGAACACUAGGUUAUCUUCGGGUUGAUUUUUUUUUUGGAGAAAUUGUAGGUAAACUUUUACAAAACUGAUAAAUCAAUUUAUAUUUGAUUUGUUGUUUUGAUAAAUAUCAAAUUUUGGUUUAAUUUUUCAAACAUUAGCUUUGUGUCCUGCGACACUUAUGUACAUUAUUGUUAUUCAAACAAAAAGAAUUUUCUUUGCAUUCAAGUGUACAGUUUUUAAGCAUGUUUUUGAAAAUCCUAAAUUUUAAAUUUUCUUGAUUGUAAAAAUCGUGACAUCUCUAGUAUUUGUCUUUUCUUUGCCGAACUGCCUUUUUUCUUGGAAUAUUAACUAAACGUAGAAUCUGACGCUCAGUUUAGAUAACAGAGUCUCAAUCGCGCCACACUGUCAUUUUUACACGCUAAAUUCAAGUGCAUUAAAUAGUCUACGUCGCAGUAUCAACUCACCAGGUAGCGCUAGUGUGUUUUCUGUUGCUCAAAGCAGUUUCACGUCUGUUAAUCUAGUAAUAAACCCAUUUUAAAUGAUAAAAAAUGCAAGCAGUUAUCGGGAAGAACCAAAAGUCGAAGAAACUUCCCUCCUUCUUAUAUUGGUAAUGCGACACGAAAGAAAGAGCGAAAGUGGACGGACAAGUGUGCGAACGAACGAAACGAGUGAGUCCAUUGCGACUGUUGAGUGUGACCGUUUUGACCGCCCUCUAUCCAAACCCACCCCACCAUCCCCCGCUGGAGUCUUACGGUAGCUUUUUAUAUCAUUAUUUUAAAUCUAGUUACGAUUACACGCGCUUUCGAUGGAAGUUUGGAGGCGAGGAAAAUACAAUCGUUUGAACUAAUUAUAAGUGCCGGUGUAUUAUUGUUUCUCUUACUGAAUUGUAAUGUUUUUUUAGAUGUAAUUUAUAUAAUCGAUUAAAAACAAAUACAACACCAAA